AUGACCGACAAAGUCCCCAAAAACAUCCGCCCUCUGAACCGCUUCAUCACAACUCACGAUGAAGCCGGUAAAGCCAUCUUUUCCACAACUCUCUCCGAAACAAUGCCCGUCAAGAGAAUAACCGAUGGAGCCGAUUUCAGCCUAGCCUAUACCACCUCUGAAUUCCCAGCUCAACUGAGCAACGAAGCCGACGUUACCAAUUAUCAAAGCUACCUAUCCGAUCCACCGGGCAUUGUCGUAUCCGGUGGCACAGUGUGCCGAAUCGUGGAUAUGCAGCCUGGUGUGACAAGCCCAAUGCAUCGAACCGUCUCGUUGGACUACGGUGUUGUACUGGAGGGCGAGGUCGAGCUUGUGUUGGACUCUGGUGAAGUGAGACUUCUUAAGAGAGGGGAUGUUGCUGUACAGCGUGGAACCAAUCAUGCUUGGCGCAAUGUCACGCCUGAUGCUGUUGUUGAUGGCGUUAGUGUUCCUCAGUGGGCGCGUAUGAUGUAUGUGCUUCAACCUUCUGGUGAGAUAUUAGUGGAGGGGAAGCCUUUGAAGGAGGUUGUUGAUGGUAUUGGGGUUCGAGCGAGUACAUAA